AUGUUUCCGAAUCAGCCAGGAGUAGCACUGGUAGGUGCUACAAUAACAAUGGAUCGUUCAAGGUUUGAUCUUAAUUUAGCCCUCCAAAAUUAUGAGCCGUUACGCGUACCGAUGACAGACGAAGAGGUAGAAGAAAGAUAUGAAUCUAUUCGUAAAAGGUCUGGUGUACUCACAAUAAUGGGUGUUGCAUACAAAGCACAGCUCUCUGAUAUUGUUGAUACCAAAGAACUUGGUCGUGGCUCAUUUGGUGUGGUGCGAAAAGCAUUUUUCAAACAAACGAAAACACUUAUGGCAGUCAAAAUAAUUCCAAUAACAGGCAAUGCUGAGAGCAAUAAGCGGACUGUGAUGGAUAUGGAUGUUAUUAUGAGAUCUCAUAACUGUCCAAAUAUCGUUCGUUGCUAUGGAUGCUUUGUUUUUGAGUCAGAAGUUCGUAUAUGCAUGGAGCUGAUGUCAAUGUGCCUUGAUAAGCUUCUUAAAAUUGCUCUACGUAUUCCUGAGACUAUUGUUGCUAACAUUACGAAAUCAGUGCUUCUAGCUUUGGAAUAUCUAAAGGAAAAAGAAAAUAUAAUGCAUCGAGAUAUUAAACCAUCAAAUAUUCUGAUUGACCAUGGAGGAACUAUCAAACUCUGUGAUUUCGGCAUUGCCGGUCGACUUAUUAAUUCAAGACGAGCAGAAACAAACACCAAAGGAUGCGUAGCUUAUCUAGCGCCUGAACGGGUAGCCAGCAGCGAUUGCGAAUAUGGUGUACGGGCAGAUGUUUGGAGUUUAGGGAUAACACUUAUCGAGCUUUCUACAGGAACUCAUCCAUAUGAGGGAUGUUCAACAGAUUUCGAAGUCCUUUCAAAAAUUAGAGACUUUUCUCCACCGCGGCUUUGUCCGUCUGAACAAUUUUCUUCCACCUUCUCAUCAUUUAUUCAAAGAUGUCUGAAGAGGGAACCAGUCGCUCGUCCCAAUUAUCAUGAACUUUUAGAAGAUACAUUUAUCCGAAGUAAUUCAACAGAUACUGCAGCAGUCGCCAAGUGGUUUAAUUCACUUUGUGCAUAA